AACGAGUGUUUGUUUGUGUGAUAAGCACUGACUCAACACAACCUCGACUUCACAUUCAGUGGUCAGCCGGUGAUCAGUGGUCUACACAUCUGCAGACAUUUGUGUCAACACCUACUCAUCGACAUCAAUGCAUACGAUGGACAGCACCGGGAGUACGGUUCCGGCCUUCAUAACAAAGUUGUGGCGAUUGGUUGAGGACAACGAUUACGACCAUCUGAUCCAAUGGAAUGAGAAUGGGCGCAGUUUUAUGAUCCACGACCAGUCAAAGUUUGCCAAAGAACUGCUUCCACUGUACUUCAAACACAAUAACAUGGCUUCGUUUAUAAGACAACUCAAUAUGUAUGGCUUUCGCAAAGUGGCGAGCAUUGAAAACAGUGGACUCCGUGCAGAACGCGAUGACAUCGAGUUUUAUCACCAGUACUUCACUCAGGGAAAGGAAUCCGAUUUGCUGUUCAUUAAGAGAAAGAUUCCUGUAGGAAAGGCUGGAUCUCCUUCUGACGCCCUUAAACACGAAGAGGUAUCCGAAAUAUUACAGGACGUCGAGGCUAUCAAAGGAAAACAGGGAUCAAUGGACGGCCUAUUGUCGACAAUACAGAGGGAGAAUGAGGCGCUUUGGAGGGAAAUCGCAAUUUUGCGGCAAAAACACCACAAACAGCAACAAGUGGUCGAGAAGUUGAUCCAAUUCUUAGUGUCUUUAGUUCGCGGAAAUAUGGGAAUCAAAAGGAAGGCUCAGCUUAUGAUCGAUGACACCGAAGAGAAUCGGCAUUUGUUGAGGAAUAAAAUGAUAAAACGUAAUGAUUUUGAUUCAGACAAUCCCCGAUCCAAUGGCCCUAUCAUUCACGACGUGACCGAUUUGGACGACGCCAUCAUUAACGCCAAAUCGCCGCUCAUUCCCUCCUCCGACCCUUUGAGUGAUUUGUGUGAAACGGCGUCUCAAGUGAGCGCAUUGGCCGCCGAUUCACCCACUGAUCAACAAAUAGGCCACUCAUCCACUUCUGUACCAACUCUUCAUAUAUUAGAUCCUUUGCAGCAAAGUAUUAAAGAACUGGGUUUAGAGCCCGACCCCUCACAACAGCCCAUUGACGUGUCGGUGCCCAUUGACGACACCAUAUUGCAGAGUACUCUGAAUACGCCUCAGAUCUCGUCCACUGACUUAGAGAGAGGUUUUGGGAUAACGAACACCAAUAUUGAUAUAAAACCAAAUGAUAUCAAAGAUUUAGUGGUUUCCACGCAAAAUAGCGACCAAAUGAUUACUCCUAUAAACACAAGUGCCUUCAAUGAUCACAUCGAGGGAAUCGACGCCGAGUUGGAUUGGCUACAGGACCAGAUCGGCUCCGGGAUCAAUAUCGACACAUCCACUCUAUUGGGGCUCUUUUCAAUGGACGAAGACAACAGUUCCAACCCAUACGGCAUGUCUUAUCCCAACAAACAAAUCGUUGGCAAUGAAGUCAUUCAAUUCAAUCCCAACUCAAACACACUGUUCGAUGACUUGGAUUUGGAUACUUAUGGGUCCAAUGAUGACUCGCGAGACCUCUUGGAUGAGCCAUUAUUGCCAGACCUAGGAAUUGGCGGUGAGGGCGCAGUUGGCUUUCCUUCCGAAGCCAACCUUCAACCGAAGACUUCACUCAAAGAUCAGAAAACUGUGCCAUAAGUGUGAAGCCGUCGAUUCAUUUAAAUGUGAAUUCAUUUGAAUUAAUAUCAAACAAAUGAGACAUAAAUUUAGUUUUGAUCUGAAAAUUAUUUUUUUGUGGUCACUUCUAAUGAAAAUAUAUUUUGAGGCAAAAACUAUACACUAGUUCUCAUUGUCUUAACUCGUGAAAUGAAAAUUAAUUAAUACCUG